GUUAUAUUGUGUCUCUCUCUCUCUGCACGCUGUGGACCGGUGAUAAGUUAAAAUGGUUAUAAAACUCUCCGUCCAACACGAGUCUUUGAAACAGCUCUAUACUCCGGAGCUAACACUAAACCUCACUUUCUAUUCAACCUCAGGAGGACGAACACAGUUAGUGCUUAGCUCCAGGAUCAACAGAGAACUCCGAAUUUAAAUUCAAAUUUUAAAUCAAUUACAAUACAACAGGAUCUAUACAGAUCUGUUCAGCUGAACCAGAUAAUCUCAGAUCAUGCUACAGUUUGGGAAUCCGAGUCCACUGUUUGACUCGCUGAGUCGAGAAAAGAGAUUGUUUCUCAAAAAGAACGAAGAUAUUCUCUGUCAGAAGAAGAAACUAGAGACAGGGUUUACAAACCAAACCGAGGAUACAGUGUGUCUCAAAACAAUGUGUCUGGCAACGUGUAAACCCUGUAUGCCGGAUAAAAAAGAGCACGCUCUUCUUCUCUUCAAUGGUUUAGGCGCCAGAAAAUGGAAGGUUGGGCUUGGAGUGAAUCAAACCGAGUUCAGGAAGAAUAUUCUUCAGAUUUAUCCUCUAUUAAUAUCUGUACCUGGAUACACUAUCUGGUUUAUCAACAAAAACAAACAGUUCGAACAGCUCUCAAUCCAGGCAAAUACACCUGAGCUGAUAGUACGCAUACUUGGACCUAAUACAGCUCAAUGUCUCAUUAUUGUCCCCCAUGAAGAAAUUAAGAUGAAAGUAGAAGAAAGAUGUGAGGAGAAAACAUGUCUUCAAAUACAGGAUAAAAACAGAACAAACCAAAGACUGAACGAUCCUAUCUGUUUAAUCUGCCAUCAAGGACUAUUCAUCUCCCAACAACAAGCUGCCGGAAUCAAACAAGAAAAUGCGGGAAACAAGGUUUCUCCGACAACGUCACGACUGAACCAAAUCCUAGGAUUAAACUGCGCCCAGUGUGAGGACAAGGUGUGUGCUGAAUGUGUUUUCAAGGUUCAAGAUCUCAUCCAACUAGAGGAGAAGGUUCAAGAUACUAAAAACUUUUUUGUUCGCGCAUUUUUCAGCACAAACUGCACGAUUACUCCAUCUCAGCAAGAACAGAGAAAGAUUGAAGAGUACAGGGAAGGGGCGAAGGACGGGGAAACUAGGGUUAACAAUCAGAUCUGGAGGAAUGAGGAGAAUGAAGCUCAUCAGUUUCAACGGAAAAGUUCCCUUCAGAGUCAAGUUUUAUGGGAGGAGGACUUGAAUAAAUCCAGAUUGGAGGAUCAGAAACGAAAGAUUAGAUGGGAGGAAGAUACAAGAAGAUCCAGGCGAGAAGAUACAGAAAGAAAAGCAAGGAAAGAAGAGACAGAAUGGAAUGCUAGACAUGAGGAGGAGAAAAGAGAAGAAGAGGAGCAGAGAAAAUCUAGUUGGGAGAAGAAUCAGACCCAAACCUAUCCCCUGGAUUUCUCCAUGUGUCCUGGAAGUGCGGAGCCACCACUCCUGCAGUUUGACCGAACCAGCUAUCCGGGUCUGUUACAAGCACAGUUCUAUUCAAUCCUUCAGAAUCGUGCUGAAUUCCUGGCGACUAGGAUGAGAGAUGACACAGAAGAUCUAUACAGGCAUAAUAUCUCGAACUCAAGUUCCUCCUCAGGUAUUGGAACAGACAGUAGUAAAUCUGCCGAUGAAGCAUGCGAGAUAUCCUUCGAAUCCAACCCUGCCGGAGAUAUGUGUGGCCCCAGCGUUGGUUUCACAGGAUCAUUCGUCCAAGAGAGUAUGGGAUACAGUAGGAAAUAUUCUGAUUCUGCUGUUAAGGAAAAGAAGGAUAGUAGAUUGGCAUCAAAGAAACGAAAAAGAGAAAACUAAAAUUUAUCAUAUAUUGAAGUCAAGUUGGAUGUUCACAAUUGUACAAAACUUAUUUUUAUUUAGAAAAUAGAAAGACAUGUUUUCUAACUUUACAGCAGAAUUAUGCCAUGCAAAUUUGUCAAAAAUCCAUCUAUGUGAUAACAUAAUUAAGCCAUUUAAUCAUCAAAAAUAUGUCCAAGCAACCCUACAGAAAAUCUGGAAUUUUUUGCAUUAUUUCUCACCAAUAAGAGUGCAAAUUGUUUUGUAACAAGUUUUAGUAUGUUUUAUUUUUUCGCACUUACACCUGAAGAAUUAAAAAUAAA